CGCACAUGCCUCUGGUAUUGCUCACAAUGAAAGCCUGGGGCUCCAGAUAAUGGGACUUGGCCCCAAGCACCACCGAACAUGCUUUUUCCUGCCAUUCUGGGAAAGGCAAGGCUGAACUGCAAAACCUGACCCUGAACCGAACCUUGGCAUUCCCCCUGGACGCCGACUAGAUAAGGAGCGAGUUUUUUGCCUUUUUAAAAUUUGAAACUGACUCAAGUUGGAAAUCUUUGUGUGCCGCGCACAUCUAGCUCAUUCGGGGACUUCGACUUUUCAAAGGAGCUGAAGGAAGCUGUCGGUCGUUGAUGUUCAGCAGAAGUCAGUCACAGCGGCUGCAGCAGGAGCAGAACCUCAGACGCAGCCCGAAGAGAAAAUGCCAAAGAGAGACUCUAGAGAGUACUUCGGAAGGAGGCUUUCGGGGCAGCGAAGUUCUCCUGAUGCGAACUGUGGCCCACUGACCGGUAGAUCCAAGAGGCCGCUUCUAUCAAGUGCUGCAGACCGGGGGGUAAAGCUCUGGCUUCCAGGAGGACAGCUCAAGCUGCUGCUGCCGCCGCUGCUGGUGCUCUGCGCUCUGCAGACACCCGCCGUGAGCACUGAGGCUGCUCUUAAGGUAGACCUUGACUUGACACCGGAUUCCUUUGACGACCAAUACCAAGGCUGUAGCAAGCAGGUCAUGGAGGAGCUAAGCCAAGGAGACUACUUCAUGAAGGAAAUAAGCUCUCAUAAGUAUUACUCCAGAGCAUGGCAAAAAGCCCAUUUAAUCUGGCUGAGCCAAGACAAGACUCUCCCGGAGAGUAUGACCACCACACACGCUGUGGCCCUUGUGGUCUACACCUUGAAUCAAAAUGUGAGCUCUGACUUUGCUACGGCCAUGGCCAGCACUGUGGGGUCUCCCAGCCAGUACAGACAGUCAUUCCACUUCAAGUAUUUGCACUACUACCUCACCUCAGCCAUGCAGCUGCUGAGGAAAGAGAGCUCCACAAAGAACAGCAGCCUGUGCUACAAGGUGCACCAUGGGAUGAAGAACAUGAAAUUUGAUGUCAAUGUUGGUACCACCAUUCGAUUCGGCCAGUUUCUUUCUGCCUCCCUGCUAAGAGAGGAGACACGGGUGUCUGGAAACCAAACACUGUUUACUAUUGUUACUUGCCUGGGUGCCUCUGUGCAAGAUUUCUGUCUCAGGAAAGAAGUCUUGAUCCCCCCCUAUGAAUUAUUUGAAGUCACAAGUAAGAGCCACAACCCCAAUGGAGAUUUGAUAAACUUGCAGUCUGCUGGAAACCUGAGCAUAUAUAACUGCCAGCUGCUAAAAGCUUCCGGCAAGAAGUGCACCCCUGCUCCCAUGGUUAUUGUUUGCCUCUUCUUGGCCAGUGUUGUUAUCUCUUCCAAAAACAGAGAGCAAAGGAAUCCACUGGCUCCUUUUUAAAGAAACUAUUUAAACAUUUUGCUUAUCUUUUUGCUACCAGAAUCUGAGGUCCACACUUCCCACCACACCACAGAAGACACAGAGACAGAAGUUGGUGGAAGAAAAUAAGUUUAUUCAAAACCAGCCCUAAAUAAGGCAGAAGACUGUCUCAAAUCUCUACCUAAAAGGGAUCUAUGUAUAUUGGUUACUUUCCUUGUUGCUGUGACCAAAACCAAAAGCAGAAACUUGAAGUUGGGAAGGAAAGCUUUACUUAACUUAGAAAUGCACGGAACAUCACAGCCAGAACGACAUGGCACCAGGAGCACCAGGCACCACAGAAGCGUAAGUGGGCAGGUACCAAACCACAAGCCCCUCCUCCCAUGACUCACUUCCUCCAGCAAGGCUCCACCUCCUGAAGAGCACACAGCUAUGGAAAAUAAUGCCUCCGGCAGGGGACAAAGUACUCAAACACGUAAGGAGCAUUAACAUUCAAACCACGGGGUCCUAACGUUCAGAGUCUUCUUACAGAGGAGAGACGGGAGUCCAGACAGACAGUGGACAGAGCGUUUGCCCUGAGGUGUCUUCUUGGCUCUGCCCUGGCAGGAACCUCCCAAAGGACCACUCUCCUGCUGCAGCUGCUUAACCAGACCUGGAAAAGGCCUUUAUCACACUGAAAGCCGUACAUGGUGUCCUCUUUGCCAGUCACAUUCUUAUCCAAUCCGGACACCACUUGCCUAUGAGUUGGCCAGAGAUCCUCGGUGAGAGAGAUGACUAUCCAGUUAUAGCCUAUGAGAUACAAUCAGGGUACAUUUUCAAAAUGAGUUUUAGGAGCGCAGCAGGAGUCUCUUUGGGGAGUGAUUAGCAGAAGCACAGUACAUGUGCCCUGGAAGUUGCUACCAGCUACCUUGCCACAAAGAGAGAUGAAUUGGCCUCCCUGAGAAACUAACUCAGUGGAGGCAGAGCUAAGAAAUGGAAAGAAAUUAGGACAGGUGAGAGCAUGUGAUGAGCCUCUAGAGGCAAACUGCCUGAAGCAUGCAUUAGGCUUCAUCAUUACAGGAAUCAAUAAACAAUGUCUUUGCUAACGUAA